ACCAAAACAAGAUCUGUAGCAAGUGGGAUUUGUGUUGGAUGAUAUAAAAAGCAGGUAAAUCUUCGACAGAAUCAUCAGAUCUUCUGGACUUACCGACGUAGUCACUACCUAUCCUCAUUCAACAUGGUUGCGAAGUUCGUCGUCGUCCUCGCCUUCGUGGCAGUGGCCUCCGCCAGCUCCCUCUCCAGCUUCUCGUACGGCGUGGCCGACCCCAACACCGGCGACUACAAGAACCAGGUCGAGACCCGCGCCGGGGACAACGUUCAGGGACAGUACUCCCUCCUCGAGUCCGAUGGCACCCGCAGGACUGUCGACUACGCUGCCGGCGCUGGCGGCUUCAACGCCGUUGUCAGGAAGGACCCUGCUCUGAUCGCUGCCGCUCCCAUCUCCUACGCUGCCCCCAUCUCCUACGCUGCCCCCAUCUCUUACGCUGCCCCCAUCCCCUACGCCGCCCCCAUCUCUUACGCCACCCCUUACGCCUAUGGCGCCCCUUACGCCAGGUUCGGAUACCCCUAUGGACGAUUCUACUUUCACUGUGCAACAAAUAAACUUAUCGAAAUGGCAGCUAAGUUCGUCGUUGUAGCUCUCUUGGUGGCGGCCGCCCAGGGCAGCGCGAUCCAUGGCGGUAACUACAACAGCUUCUCCUAUGGAGUGUCGGACCCCCACACCGGCGACGUGAAGAGCCAGCACGAGACCCGCGUGGGCGACAGCGUGGUCGGCCAGUACUCGCUGCUGGAAUCCGACGGCACAAAGCGCACCGUCGACUACGCCGCUGAUGCCCACUCCGGAUUCAACGCUGUCGUGCACAAGGACCCUCUGCUGCACGCCGCUCCCGUCGCCAUCGCGCACUCCGCUCCUCUGGCGUACGCCGCCCACGCAGCUCCUCUGGCGUACGCCGCCCACGCCGGUCCUCUGGCGUACGCCGCUCACGCCGCUCCUCUCGCUCACGUCGCCCACGCCGCUCCUCUCGCGUACGCUACCAGCGUCGCCCACGGUGCUCCUCUUGCCCACGCGGCGUACGCCGCUCCCUUGGCGCACUCUGCCUACGCUCACGGUGCCAUCGCCGCUCCCCUCGCGCAUGUCGCCCAUGGCGCUCAUGGACUCGGAUAUGCUGGCCAUUUGGGAUACUCCCAUUAUUAGAAACUAAAUUAUCCUAGACAAUAUACAAUACUCAAAUGAGCUAUGGGUUUUUACCAUGGUCACGAAACUACUGUGAUUACGUCAAAUAAAUGACAUUAAUAUAAA